CCAUGAAUUAAAAUUCAGAAGUAUCAUGUUUUCAUUGUACUCGGGGAUGUAUUUCAGUGUUCAAUGUUGAUAAGCUUUUGGCGGAUUUAUAAUACACCAUGCUACACUAACGGAUUGAAGAGGAUAAAACGCGGGAUACGGUGAUUCGAAAAAAAAGGUCCAAUCAACAGGCGAAGCACUUUACUUUUUUAGUUUAGAAUAUGGGAAGCAUAUGUAAACUAUCAACAUGUUUAAUUUUCUGGAAAGAAAAAAAUUCAUAAAAAAAUUCACGUAAAUUCUGUAAAAUAGACCAAAUGUGAUUUUAGACUCGUAUUUCACACGGUACGUUUUAAGUUCGAUUAUUAACGUUGGUGAUUCAUAGAAUGAUGAUAAGAAGAUGCUAAAAUAUUUUUGUAAGGCUUCUCAACCCUCAUAAUGGUGGACUACAGUGGCUACUAGCUGAUCCCUUUUUUUUCUUUUUUUUUUUUAAAAUAUCAACAACAAAGGCGGGAAAUUGGAAUAAAAAAUAAACAAUGUGGCACAUGUUCAGGGCCACUUUUGUAAUUCCACGCAGACGAUUUUGAAACGGAGAAAAAAGUGCGCAUGUGGGCUCGUUAGUGGGGGAGGACACCGGAAGGAAGUAACCGCCUUAACCGCCACUACAUAAGACGAUAAAAAAAAAAAAAAAAAUUACGGAGUGUGCACAACUCAGAGAAGAACAAAAAAACCCAGAAAACAUUCCCCCCAAAAAAUAAAAAUUUACUUCUUCUCUGCGUGUGAGGUAAUUAAUUGUGAAUGGAAGGUAAAAAAGAAGAGGGUAUAAGGAAAGGGCCAUGGAAGGCAGAGGAAGACGAAGUGCUAUUGAACCAUGUGAAGAAAUGCGGACCAAGAGACUGGAGCUCCAUUCGAUCCAAGGGCCUCUUGCAGCGAACCGGAAAGUCUUGCCGGCUCCGUUGGGUCAAUAAGCUCCGACCCAACUUGAAGAAUGGGUGCAAAUUUUCAGUGGAGGAGGAGAGGAUGGUGAUAGAGUUGCAGGCACAAUUUGGGAACAAAUGGGCAAGAAUAGCGACCUAUUUGCCGGGGAGGACGGACAACGACGUCAAGAACUUUUGGAGCAGCAGGCAGAAGAGGCUGGCUAGGAUUCUACAGACACCAACAGCAGCCACGUUCUCCUCCAAAUCACAUAAAACCAGAAGGGAAGUCUCUGUUUUUCAUGAGCUUCCCACUUUACAGGCUCCAAAAUUCAAUUGCUCAUCAGAGGGAGAACCAUCGACACAGGCUUCGUCAUGCUCGUCACCGCCACCUUACAUUUGGAACUCUGAGAUCAUUAAAAUGGUGCCGCUGCUGGAUAUUGUUAAGCCCGAGUCUAUUUGCUUCAAAACAAACCCUGUUCAACAUGAGCUCACCAUAACUGAUAAGGAUACAAGGAAUGAGUCCCAGUCUGUAAUACCUUUCCUGCAGAACCCACAGCCCCAAACAGACCUAUUCUCAUCUGAAACCCAAGAACUCUUGGCAACAUUCGACCCCUAUUUCAACAUGUUAGUACCUCUGGAUGCUUCGGAGCUUGGAAAUGGAGAACCACUUCCCAUGGAACCUCGAUUGUUUGAACCAGUAGGAAGCUGUGUAAGCUGUGAAAGGGAACAAAUCGACCAUACCAUGGCUCCGGAUUGUCUGUUGGAUGACUUCCCGACAGACAUGUUUGAUCAACUUGACCCACUUCCGAACACAUCAGGGCAGCAUUGACCGACAAUAACCUUGUACCUCUUCUGUAACCUUUGCAUUGGUAAUUCUUGUUACUGGCAUUCUUUGUACUAGAUACUGACCUACUUCUAGUAG